GUAAGAGCCAAGUUUGAAGUUUAACCUUGUUACUGUUUAUUGUUAGACUCUGUGUUUAAGUGGUAAUACUUGUGGUUAAUAUAACUAGCCAUUCUCACUCGCUCUGUAUUCUACCUCUAUUUCUACAGGGUCGCAUAGCUCAAAAAAAUUCGCUUUCAGCUGCUGCUGAGAUAUCUAACCUUAGUAACCGAUGUUUUGACAGGUUUUUAAUAAGCGAAAUAAUCUUAAACGUAAACAUUCCUGGGUAGUUGUAGCAUACACUAAAAGCCAGACGGUGACGUAACAUUACCAUAUUGUUUCUUGGAGUACUGAAGUUAUUCUUUGUUAUUUCAUUGUGUUAUGGGUUGCCACGUUUCAGCUGAUAGUUCUAAUAGUUUUACGUGGGACGACUAUCUUAAGAAAACAAACGGUCGCCCGGCGAAGUUGGAGUGCUUUAAACAGGUUAGUAGUGCAUUAUUUUGUAGGAUACAAAUUUGACUUAGAAUGAAUAGUUUAUUUUACUCUCCACAGUAGAAAUUAGUGUCGCUCCCCUCAAGACGUGGCACCAGUACAAUAUUCCAUUGGUGGUCGUAGAUUUAUGAGAAGUGGGGUCUUACCGAUCAAGAAUAAGUUAUUCUUAACUUGUGACUAGAGAAUUUAGGUAAUAUCUCUCCAGUCGCAGUUGCUCCUAUGUCCCGAUUUUCGUAUAACCCUAUACUUUUCGUUCUGUGGUUUUACCAGUAUCCUUGAUACAAUGUUAUCUGAUGCUCUCGGCAGUAGUUUCACUCACUACCUUAUAAAUCUCUGAUGAUAUGAAGUAUGCCAUGUUGGACCGAUAUAUUUUUGUGCCAGAUUUCAAGUUAUCAGUAACUAAUUGCUGCAACCCACCAAAGUCAAACACUUUCAAGUCUAGCAAAGUGAGAGAAAGUUGGCACAUGGGUCUGAAGCCUAUUAAUAUUACGAGGUAAAGGAACAGUAAGGAAAUAAUCCGUCCAUGGCCUUAAGGUAUAAUUCAAAAGGGUUCCUUAACAACACUCACGGUAAAAUAACUGGAUAUUCACGCAUAUGAGUUUGUACUACUUAAAUUCGAUUAACUAUAUAAGGGCUCAGAAUUUUCCUUGUUGGAAAACUUUGUGAGAAUAAUUGUUCUUGAGUAUCUAAUAUCAUCGAAUAUUGUACCUAUUUUUGACUGCCUAUUCUGGUUCCAGUAUCAACAAUUCCAUCGAAAUGAAAACUUUUGUGGUCGUACCCCAGUGGUUCAUUCAUUACGUAGGCAGUAGUACAAAGGCAUUGUAGGUAUCCCAACAUCAUCGUAAUUUUGUAGAUAUCUAAGAAAUAUCUCGUUCAUAUCCAUAUUUCAUUCAGAGGCUACCAGUCAGUGUUGAUACACUUGAAUUAGGCACGAAAUCCUGCAUCUUAUUAGUUACCAUGUUACUUGCUAUCAGGGGCACAGGAUAUUACAACCCUGCUGGUUGAAAAUCAAGACACUCAGAUGCCAUUAUUUGAGACGGCACAUUUGAGUUUUGAAAUGUUUAUCAACGAGACUAAUUGCUUGAUUUACUAAAGUAUUUGUAACUUUGUUGAUAAAACAUUCUUACAGCUGUUCAUAGUUCCUAACAAGCUUUAUUGAAUACCACAUAAACUACUGGAGAAAGCAUUAAAUCUAAGGUUCUUCAGACGAAAUAUUUCCUGUUGAUCUAAUUGUUGUGGGACACAGGCUGUCGUAAAUCAGUAAAUUCAGCGUUUACACAUAUAACACGUAAGUCGACGAAAAAGACAUCUGAUGCCAAGAAGCAAAUGUAAGUUAUUGGGUUUAAUUUAUGUAGUGCUGACAACUUCAAAAUAUGUCCUUGAUCUGCAAGGCUCGUUAUGAAGCUAUCUGAAGCAGAUCCGAGUUGUUCAGAAGUGGAAUUCAUGUUUUAUUUUCGCCUAUAAAUGUUAAGUGUUCCACAUUAGACGAUAUAAGAUGAUGGUAGGUGAACUAGUUAGGCACCAAACUUAUUUGAUUUUUGAUCCAUUCUCUUGUCCAAAUAUGUCAUUAACUCGCUUGACGUAUGCCAUUAUCAUCUGUAAUAGAAUAUCUAACAGCCUCAUGAAGGUCUAAUAGAUUCAUUUAUUUAUUAUUAUUUUAUUUGAACACAAAGAUUGGCACGAGAGGGCACCAAAUACGUAUCCGCCACAAUAACAAAAAGGUCAGUAGGAGUUGCGAUUGAUUUGUGUGAGGUCUGUGAUACUACCCGUGCGCCCAAACCGAAGCAGGUGAUUUCUUAGGGUGCCACACCCUGAGCUUUAAACUUAAAGGUCCAAAACAUAUGGCAAUGAAGCAACGUCAGGAGAUGCAGUCUCGUGGUAGCCGGUGACCAACAAUAGGUUCAUACGCCAUUUAUUCCCUCAGGAUUUUGGAGCCCAUGUGCGCCAUUGGUUCGGAAUUAGGAUUUUCCAACUCACCUAGGUAGACCCUCUGUUUCUACCAGCCCGGUUAAAGCACCGGACAUUUGCUUUUCACCCCCUCAAUUUCGUAAACAACACCUCUGUCGUGAGAAGGCAAUGAGUAGGUCUUCAUUGUCAGUGGUUGUAUACGCGUGGACAUAUGGUAACAUUUUGAGAGUGAAAGCUGACACGCCCCACCCCCGACCAUACCUGGGCAUUUGGGGGCAAAUGACAGGAUGGCGAAGGAGGUUCCGCCCAAUAAUAAUAAUUUGUCUUAACUCAUUUUGUUUCUUUCGUCCGCACAACGUACUCUCGUUAUUUUUAUUAUAUAUAUCUCUCUCAGGUACAUUGUUUCGAACUGUGGGAUUGAGAGCCUAUCAAGUUAAGUGACAGGUUUUAUGUUGCUGGUUCGGUUUUUCAUAUUUCCAGUAUUUUUAUUUUCCACGCGUUUAGAAGUACUAGGUUUAGCUGAAGUGAAAUAUUUUGUAUUGGGAUAGUAACUAGUAUAUCAUCAAGUGUAGCUGAGUCUUAUGCAAUAUAGAUUAUAGCUAUUUUGAGUUUUUAGUAUAUUUUAACAGUUUUUUUAGCGAAACCAAUCGCAUCCACUUAUUCCAUAUUGAUGUCGAUUUUAACAUUAUUCAACCCUAUAUAAUCGAUUAUUUCAUCUUAAUUCCACUUCUAACUGCUCAUUUAUACAUUUCUUACUGUAUCAAAACAUCAAUUUCUUGUUUUUGUUUCAGUCUCUUGUUCCUCCGCCAAACUAUUUCGAGGUGAAUACCAUUCUAGAAGCGGAGGAUCAACGUAGCGCAGCUCUUGUUCUCAAUCCAUAUUCAAACGACCUAAUAAAAGCACGUUAUGCUAAUAAUUCUACUAUUAGUAAUCAACAGCUGUUGGAGACCCCAUGUAGAAGGUCCAGUCUGAAUCCUCACUCCAGUGGAACUGUCCGACGCUUCAGAGCAGCUUCAUUCAGUUUAGCUCGAGUGAUAGAAACGUGUGGUCCACGUUUGAGAAUACGUCUGGUUGGAACUGAUGAUCGUAAUGAUUAUUGGUUCUUAGUUGAUUCUGAUCAAAUCAGACCUUAUCCUUCUGGAAGUCCACUACAACCACCCUUUGGCUAUAUGCAUAAUCAUCUUGUGUGGAAUCGUACUCUUAAGAAAGCAACUGAAGGAACGCGUUUUGCAGAUCCUUCGUGGUUCAUUUCAGUAAGUCGUAAUCUGUCUUAUAGUUCGUAUUCUGUUUUCACGUUGUUUCCAAUUAGUAAUACCGUAUUUUUUAUAUUACAGCAACCACCAGAUCCAGAGGAUAACUACUUCCAAGUGAAUGACAAGUUAGAGGCAGUAGAUCGUAGAAAUACUCAGCUGAUAUGUCCUGCAUCUGUAGGCGCAGUGAAUGGCCACCAUAUUUUGAUAAAUUUUGAUGGUUGGUCAGGAGCUUUUGACUAUUGGGCUCGUUUCGAUAGUCGUGAACUAUUUCCUGUCGGUUGGUGUAAGUCAGCCAACUACCCUCUUCAGCCACCUGGACCAAACGUUAUACGCUCUCCAAUUAUUCAUUCAACCCCUAGUUUCUUGUAUGCUCAUAAUUCUGUUUCCCAAGCUCCCAGCAUCUCACCAAAAUAUCUAUCUAAAGUACUUACUAACAGUUGCAGUCGUAUCACAAAGACAGAUAAAACGUCCUCAUGUCCUCGUAAAAAGUUGGGACUUUCAAGAAGAAUUAAAUCGCAUACAAAUUUAGUUAGGAGUAAUUUGCAUGACGAAUCAGAAAGCUCAACACCUUUCAGGAAUCCUUGUGAGCUGUCAGCAAAACAACCUCUAAGUAUAAGGAGUUCAUUUUCUCCUGUUUUAUCAACGCCAAAUCAUAAUAGCGUUGCUUCCGACCAUAUGGACGUCAAUAAAAAUGAACGUGUUGAUUUGUUUGUGGAACCUAAUUCCCUAAAUACUUCACAAGUUGAUUCUUCCAUUCGGUCCUUGACAUCACCACCCAUUGUCCCUCCUGUCCUAGAAGAUGCAAAUGAUUCUUUAAACACGUUUUACUCUUCGUCUCCCCCUGAACAUCCUCCACGAAUCGAAGCUUCUGAAUUUGUGAGUGAUUCUGCGAACGUACGUCAUCGACGUUUCAGUGGCCCUUCCGAUUGCGUUGUGCGUCUUCAAGCGAAAUCGUCACUAAUGCCAAUGUCCAACGUGUCACAUCCUUAUGAGCCAGAACUAAAAUCAUGGAAAGUAGUAACAAAAACUAAGCAAAAAAGCAAACAACACAAACUGAAGCGUCGCAGUGGAAAUUCAAAGAAAAAAUAUCCCAAAAUAAAACAGAAAUUCAAAAUAGCCAAUAACAGUUUAACUAGUUCGGUGCUGUGCGACUAUGAGUAUGUUGAUUCAGUUUCUCCUCAGCUGAAAGCCUUUUCUGAUGUGAGUCAAAACUAUGAAAAGUCAAUCGCUUAUUCAGAAGACAAUCCCAAUUUGUACAAAAACGAAGCUGCCAAUUCUACUGCUUUCUGCAAAAACGAUUCUGCAUUAACAUGUACUCCUGUCUUCAUGGCAGAUAGAAAGAGUUUAUUUAGAUCGGAGAACGAUCGAAGUAAUAGUGCAACCAUGGGGUCAAGUUUAGUCUUUCAAUCACAUAUCUCCCAUGAUAUCAUACAUACGAAUGGCUGUUACUUUGACGAAAUGAAUUCCCCUACUCAUGAUAAUUUGUCUGUUGAAACAUCCGAUUCACAUUUGUGGUUUUCUGGAAAGUUAGAGUCUAAUUCUAAUAAAUCUUCUUAUCCUGUGUACGCUCAUCAAAAUGUUGAUAGUUUAGAUAGUCAGAGUCUAACUACACAUCUCCCUUCGUCAACAGUAUCUCCUUCAUCACUGGAUUUAGGAUCGUUUCCUUUUCCUAAUCCUACUCAGUGGACUAUUGAAGAAGUAUACAACUACAUUACGGCUCGUGAUGCUACUCUCCUUGAAGCAGCGGAAAAAUUCAAACAUCAUGAAAUAGAUGGCCAAGCACUUCUUCUUCUUAGCAUGGAAUCACUGCGUAAUUAUAUGAAGAUUAAAUUGGGUCCGGCUUUGAAAAUGGUCCAUCUUAUCAGUCGUCUAAAACGUGGGUUGCUGUAACAGCUAGUCUUCGGAGUUUGGCUUCUUUAUUGGUCCUUUAUAUUUCAAUUAUACCAUCCGGACAAUAACAAUUUACAGAUGAUGAAUGUUCCUAAAUCUCCUCUAAAAUUUAUGUGUAUCUGUGUUUCUAAUCUAUUUUCUUAGUACUCAAAUUGACAGAUCUUUAUGAGUUCAAUGUAGUUGAAUUCAUUCGGUUAAUGUAACUGUUCAAUAUGAAAAAUCGUCUUG